UGUUUUGGGGAAUAAUUUAGUAGAUCGAAAAAAUAAAUUAAUAUAUAAUUUGUGAAUUAUUUAGUAUUAAAUUUAAUACAAGAUUUAAAAUAAUUGCCGCGGCGAGAUGUGAUGUGCUUAUAAUAAUAUAAAAAAAAAACAAAAACCAACCUAUGUAUGAGACUUUGGAGACCCAGGAGAGAAUCGUAAAAUCUAAAAGUCAUAAAGUUUUUUUUGUAUGUAAGAAAGACACAAAGAAGACGCUGGAAAAGAAACGAAAGCGAUUGUGAGGAUACCAAAGCAGAAGAGGGCAGCAAUACAAAUCAGAUCACUAUGGUUUGAAACGUGGAAAUCGGAAUAGGCGAAUGUAUUUGAAAUACAUAAUCGGUAGUCGCAAAAUCUGUUGGGACUACGAUGGCUCAUCUUAACAAUGGCGGGGGUGGUGGCAGUGCAGCAGCAGCCAAUACACAUGCUGUUGUAGUGUGGGAGUAUGAAUCUCGUGGCGGAAAGUGGUUGCCGUAUACACCGGCUGUGUCACAGCAUUUGGAACGUGCACAUGUGAAAAAAUUGACACGGGUUUUGCUAAGUGAUGCUGAUCCGGAAUUGGACAAGUUUUAUGUUAAUGUCAGAACAAUGACACAGGAAACCGAGGAGGGUUCAGGACGCUCCACAGUGGGAGUAAGGCGAAUGUUUUACACACCCAGCUCACCUGCUGGCAAGGGCACAAAAUGGGAAUGGGCUGGUUCUGUUUCGGGUGAUUGGCACCCUUAUAAUAUGGAGGUGCAGUGCAUUAUAGAGGACGCCUGGUCAAAGGGUGAACAGACGCUUGAUCUCUGCGGAACAUCAAGUCUUCCAUACACAAUUAAUUUUUGUAACCUGACACAAACACGACAGCCAAGCGGUCCAAUUAGAAGUAUACGUCGUACACAACAGGCACCGUACCCAUUAGUUAAGCUAACUGCACAACAAGCUCAGCAGCUAAAUCCUCCCUCAAAUUACAUGGACUAUGGGCCCAAACGUAACAACACCUUACCGAAAUUAUCAGCUAAAUCCCAUUGUGUUGAGAAUAAACACCAGACGCAGCAUAUGCAUCGGCUGACAUCAAAUGGAGUUUUUUCUAUGCCUUCGGCCAGUGGAAAUCGACAACAGCACGGUUUACCCUCAUCUACGACUCAUCCACCGGCACCAGCAGCACAAUCACAACAAUCUCUGACACAUGCCUCACGCAAAGCAGGAAAACGUAAUGGUGAACUUUCCACGGCGAAUCUCAGGCAAAUUUUAAAUAAUCUCAAUAUUUUUGGAAGCAGUAGCUCCAAGCAACAAUCGUCAUCUUCACAUAACCAUGGUAUUUUAGGAUCAUCAUCUUCAUCGGUUAGCAGUAACCAAACUACGAGCAAUCACUUGCAGCCCUUUGCGCAUUCCAAUAACGUGUUGACUUCGUCAAUGAGUAGUCAUCAUAGUCGUUGUUCCGAAGGUUCUCUCCAGUCUAAACACAGUAAUCGCAUGAGUAUGCACCGUUCGCGGUCGCGAACUCGAGCCUCCGACACCGACACAAAUAGCAUGAAAUCCCAUCGUAGACCUAGUGUGGACACGGUUUCCACUUAUUUGAGUCAUGAAAGCAAGGAGAGCCUGCGCAGUCGCAACUUUGCCAUAUCUGUCAAUGAUCUUUUGGAUUGCUCAUUGGGCAGCGAUGAAGUGUUUGUACCGUCACUAUCUCAAUCAGCAUCAAUGCAAUCCACAAGUGGGUCAUUGAUAAACGAGCGGGCGCCUGCGCCUCCACCCAUACCAUCAGCUGGUUCGGUGUGUGGUUCUGUGGCGGCGUCUGGUACGUCGUCGAUUAUUUCUCAUUCGUCUGCAACGCAACAACAGCCCAUUGCGGGUUCGAUUGUUGGCGUAGAUCCUGCGAGUGAUAUGAUCUCACGUUUUGUCAAAGUGGUUGAUCCGCCACAGUGGCCAAAUGCGCAGCCUUGCCCCAUGUGCAUGGAGGAGUUGGUGCACAAUGCGCAAAAUCCAGCCAUUGCCCUUAGUCGGUGUCAACAUUUGAUGCAUUUACAAUGUCUCAAUGGUAUGAUAAUUGCCCAGCAAAAUGAAAUGAAUAAGAAUCUCUUUAUUGAAUGCCCAGUUUGCGGCAUUGUAUAUGGCGAAAAAAUUGGCAAUCAACCUAACGGUACUAUGUCUUGGAGUAUAUUGAGUAAAAGUCUUCCUGGUCAUGAGGGUCAAAAUACAAUACAGAUUGUGUAUGACAUUGCUUCGGGGAUACAAAGCUCUGAACAUCCACAUCCCGGUAGAGCUUUUUUUGCUGUUGGAUUUCCGCGUGUCUGCUAUCUGCCCGACUGUCCACUGGGUCGAAAAGUUUUGAGAUUUCUCAAGAUUGCAUUUGAUCGACGUCUUCUAUUCUCGAUUGGGCGCUCUGUGACAACAGGUCGUGAGGAUGUUGUCAUUUGGAAUAGCGUAGAUCAUAAAACACAAUUCAAUAUGUUCCCAGAUCCCACAUAUUUACAACGUUGCAUGCAACAGUUAGUACAUUUGGGAGUAACCGAUUAAAAGCAUUCAUCGUACCAACACUUGCGCUUAAACGUUCAUUUAGGAACCGCCAAACAAAUAAUAAAAUCAUUUAAGUGCAAUUAAUCAUAAAUAUAUUUGCGCAAGCUUCCAACAGUUUGGGUAACUCAAACUUUAAAUCGAACUGAUUAAUUUCAUAAAAUUAUCCCCAUAUAUAUAUGUCGCCUUUAUGCAGUAUACAACGAGUAUAAGGACAACAUUUGGAGUCGGUCUUGAUUAAGACACUUGUGUUUGUGUUUUUAUAUCCCUUAUAUACUGCAUACAAAUGUGUCAUAACCACAACGAUGGAAGACUAAAGUGAUUAGAAAACUAAACUAUUUACACAACAAAAAUGCUUUAAAACACAUUUUACAUUGCUAUUAGGCAAACAAAUAACAUUUACUUCAUAUACAAAUCUAAUCUUUACAAACAUGCAUUCACACACACACAUACACACACUUUGUCUUUUAUUGUGAUUAAAAAUGUUCUUCCAUAAUUUUAAAAGACUAUGUCAUUUUACAUAAACAUUUACGAAUAUAUAUAUUUUUUAAUAUUUUACUAUUAAACUAUAGACGUAGUUAUAAGAAAGCUAUACAUUCAUAUAUAUCCUAUUACUACAUACACAAUAUUUUUGCAAGUGUAUGCGUACUAAUAAGGACAUACAUUACAACUACUCGUUGAGUAUUAUUGUGUAUUCUAUAUAUCUAUAUGAAGAUACAUAAGGGAAUACAUUUAUUUGUAAUAUUAUUGUUUUACACGAUUAUUUUUUUUUAGAUUUUAGUGUAGUGAGAGAGAUUAUGUAUUUUUCCACUUGGUUCCAAGUGGAACGAACUGUAUAAAUGCCAUUUGUUCAUGUCUUUAAAUAUGUUUUAAAAGAAAAUUUAUAUUUCAUUUGACGAAAAAUAAAUAUAUUCCAUAGUUUUAAUUGAAUUAAA